CAAAAAAAUAGUCUGAACCAAUGAUCGAGAGAUGCUCCAAAUUUUGGAGCAAUGUGGGCUGAGGUCACGGCUUCAAGUAAUUUCUCAUCUGCCAUUGACUUUCGCGGUGCUACAAUGGAUGGAACAAAGAAGAACGACCACAGACCUUCCUCUCCUGUACUUCGCUAGCAGCGGCUUUUCAAUUUCCAAAUGGUUCUCUGUGCUGUUUCCCUUGUUGUUGUUGUUGCUCUUCUUCUUACAAUCCUCCUGAAAUUUCUCUACUCCACUUUCUGGCUUCCAUGGAGGAUUCAAAUCCACUUCCGAAAGCAGGGCAUAAACGGCCCUCCCUACCGUCCGAUCAUCGGCAACUCCACCGAUAUCCGCCGUCUGUUCGCGGAGGCACAAUCUAAGCCGAUUCCGUUUCACCACGAUAUACUCAGUCGCGCUCUCCCUUUUUACUUCCGGUGGUCCGGUGAGUACGGAAAGACGUUUCUGUACUGGUUCGGGUCGAAACCGAGACUGGCCAUUUCCGACCCGGAUCUAAUUAAGGAAGUGCUUGUGAAUACGCACGGGUGUUUUCGAAGGAUCCAGUUCAACCCGCAGGCGAAGUUGCUUUUUGGAGAGGGACUGCUAGGACUGGAGGGGGAAAAAUGGGUCGCGCGUCGGAGAAUCGCGAAUCAGGCUUUCAACAUCGAGCGCAUAAAGGGGUGGGUACCCGAAAUAGUUGCUAGUGUGUCGAAUGUUCUGGAGAAAUGGGAAGAGAUGAAGGGCGGAAUGGAGGAGAUUGAAUUGGACGUUCACAAAGAAUUUCGCCGCCUCUCAGCCGACGUAAUUUCAAGAACCGCAUUUGGAAGUAACUUUGAAGAAGGCAAGCGCAUCUUCAGUUUGCAGGAACAGCAAACACAUCUCUUCUCCCAAGCAGUCAGAAGUGUUUAUAUUCCUGGCUUCAGAUUUUUGCCGACGAAGAAGAACAGAGAAAGGUGGAGCCUGGAGAAAGAAACUCGUGAAUCCAUAAAAGAGCUGAUUGAGGCAAACAGCAAAGGAAGGGAAAACUCAACUAAUCUACUCAGCUUGUUAAUGUCAUCUUACAAGAACCAGAAUGGGGAAGAAGAGAGACUUGGAGUGGAGGAAAUCAUUGAUGAAUGUAAGACAUUCUAUUUCGCGGGAAUGGAAACAACUUCUCAUCUUUUAACUUGGGCUCUUCUGCUACUAGCAAAGCAUCCAGAGUGGCAAGAUAAGGCCAGACAAGAAGUUCUCAACGUCUGCGCCCAUAAAACACCUCCUGCGCCCGAGAAUUUGAGCCAACUUAAGCUUGUAGGCAUGAUAAUUAACGAAGCACUUCGACUUUAUCCUCCAGCAGUGAUGAUGACGAGGCAGGCAGCGAAACAGGUGACACUAGGAAGCUUGGACAUUCCUGGUGGCACAGAGCUGUUCUUGGCGUUGGCUGCUGUCCACCAUGAGAAAGAGAUUUGGGGAGAGGAUGCAAACAGCUUCAACCCUUUGAGAUUUGGUGAGCCUCGGAAACACUUGGCUUCCUUUCUGCCAUUUUCGUUGGGUCCCAGGAUUUGUGUAGGCCAAAACAUGGCGUUGAUUGAGGCCAAAGUCGCCCUGGCCAUGAUAAUUCAACGAUUCUCUGUUGCUGUUUCUCCAACCUACACUCAUGCCCCUUUGCUUUUUGUAACCUUACAGCCUCAGUUUGGUGCUCACCUCCUUCUUAGGAGCUUAUGUAACUGAAACUUGCUGUUAGUCUAAAUAUGAAGUAAACGGUGGAGCUUUGUGAACUGUUUUGUAAAAUGUCCAACGAGAACA